AUGAGAACUAAAAAUCCAAUGGCAAAAAAGCCUCAGCAAAUAUUGUUUUCAAAAAAUAUAUACAGCUCUUCAGUGAAAGUCGCAAAUUGGGACUAUGCGACCCACGCAGAAAAAAAGGAUAAUUACGUUUAUAGAGAUAAAUUGAGUAACCACUUGAGUACAUAUGUACGUUGGGGAGAUGAUGAUCAAGGAGUUAAGACCACAGAAACUCGUUAUAUGCUGGCACAAAUUAGCACUAAAACUGAUCCGUUAUAUUUCUUUAGACCUCUGGUUAACUUUACUUCCUAUCCAUGCACAGAUACACCCGGUCGAAAUAAAUUGAUGAAGUGUGCCAAUUUGCCACAACUGCCGACGGAUUUCGGAGUUAUGGACUAUGUCAGCACACAAAAGAACGACUAUAGGAAUCCAUUCCCAUCCGUAAUAAAGCCGUUGACCAUGGGUUCGCCAAAAUGGCUCCUCAAUCGUGUUAUUCGAUCCCAUUUAACACAAAAUGGGGGAACGGCUCCACCACCCGGGGACUAUCAGUGUCUCGACACUCACACUCCCAUAGAUCAUAUACGGAAAAUGAAACUAUUCAGAUACCAAUCUUUCAACCCUGCUACGUGCGUUCAGGACUUUCCAACUAUUCAAAACUGA